AUAAGUUUUAGGUCGAACUUAUUAAGAUGAAGAAGCCGCUCUUUGAACGCCUGCGAACUGCACCACUUGAUAACCAUAGCAUCAGUUCCUUGGUGGCCAGUGAUUACUUCUAUCGCGUUGCAUUCUACUUGGGCUGGAAGCCUCCCAGGGAGGGUUUCUUCAGACGGAUAUACUUUUUAUGGACUUUUACCACGAUGUUGCUGGGGGUUGUAUGUCUACCGCUGGGUCUAACGCUCACCUAUGUGAAGGACUUUAGUAAGUUUACGCCGAUUGAGUUUCUGAGCUCCCUGCCGGUGGACGUCAACUGUAUUGGAAAUUUGAUCAAGACUUGUGUGACCUUCACAUCGAUGUGGCGAUUUCGCUUGAUGAAUGAACUGAUUUCCCCUUUGGAUAAGAGAUGUGUUAGCCCAUCGCAGCGUCAGAUUCUCCAUAAAUCGGUGGCUCGGGUUAAUCUGAUUGUGCUUGUGAUCUUGUCUACUUACUUGGUUUUCGGUUUCCUAAACUUUGUAACAUCGGUUUUUUCGGGGACGGCACCUUGGCAAUUGUACAAUCCACUUGUGGACUGGCGGAGUGGCUAUUGGCAACUCUGGAUUGCCUCGCUUAUGGAAUACUUUGUGAUCUGUAUAGGAGCCUCGCAGGAAUUGCUUUCGGAUGCCUUCCCCAUAGUUUUCAUCUCCUUGUUCCGAUGUCAUCUGGCUAUUCUGAGGGAUCGCAUAGAGAAUCUGCGACAGAAUCCGGAGCUCAGUGAGAAGGAGAACUACGAACAGUUGGUGGCCUGCAUCCAGGAUCAUCGCACCAUCAUUCAAUGUACCGAAAUCAUUCGUCCCAUCCUGUCGAUCACCAUCUUUGCCCAAUUCAUGCUGGUGGGCAUUGACUUGGGAUUGGCUGCCAUAAGCAUCCUGUUAUUUGAGAAUACCAUCUGGACGAUCGUGGCGAGUGUCUCAUUUAUCAUGGCCAUCUGUAUGGAGUCCUUUCCUUGCUGCAUGCUAUGCGAACAUCUCAUCGAGGAUUGUGACCAAGUCAGCGAAGCAUUAUUCUACUCCAAUUGGCUAAAUGCAGAUAGGCGUUAUAAGUCGGCGCUUCUGUAUUUUAUGCACAGGGUUCAGCAACCCAUUCAAUUUACAGCUGGAGCCAUAUUUCCUAUUUCGGUGCAGAGUAAUAUUGCAGUGGCCAAAUUCGCCUUUACUAUUAUUACAAUCGUCAAACAAAUGAAUCUCGGAGAGAAGUUUCUAAAUAACAGGGCAAAUGCAGGGGAAGUAGAGCCUUAAAGUGCAGUGCAAAAAGGGGAGAUCUAAAACUAAUAUUUGCAUCCCGACACUUGCACUCUGUAGUAUCUGUAGUAUCCUAGUCGUCAGUGCUUGCACAUGCACUAAACUUUCUAGAAGUGAGUACACACUUGAAGAUUUCAAGUAUCUUUAAGGCCAUGUAGUGAAAGGAAGGCCAGAUAAAACGGGUCAGGUAUUGAGUCAAAUAUAUGCUACAUUUCUUUUAAAAGAAUUCCAAUAGUUAGUAAAAGAGACAUACAUAAAUUUUAUUUUCUGAUUUUUUAAAAUUCCUUGUCAAAUUAUAAUUUUUUACAUUUACAUAUAUCAUUUGUCUCAAAAAUUAUUCUUAAAAUAAUUCCUCAAGCCUUUUGCCCUAGAAAAUAGUCAUUUCCACCUCUUUAAAAUUAAACUGACAACCCUUGAUUGAUUUAUUAACCAAUGCCCCGCAACAGUUAACUAUUAAGCUGGCUAAUUGGCAGUUGACAGGUCUGCUUGCACCUCAAUAAUAAAUCCCCCUUAGCACUUGUAACAGGCUGGCUAUUAUAUAUUGUUACAGGCUUACUAUUAUAUAUGCAAUACAUUAGUUCUAAGUAUUAUAUUAUUAUACUCAAUGUUAUAUGAACAGGGCAGAAUAUUUUAAUCUGCUCUGGUCACACUAAACGGGUGUUGAAAAGAGAGUUGCCUGCGAGCAACGAGUGAGUUCUAACCGAGAGUGCAAAUAAAGAAGACGUGA